AUGGCUGGAAGAAAACGAGCUGCAGAAGAUGCCAAGGUGCCCAGAACAGAGGCUCGAAAGAGCGCUAAGAGCACCGGGAAGAAGGGCGCAGCCCGAUUGAAGACGGGGCUGAGUGCCACUGCGUUCAAGUCGCGGGCGCAACCCUUGCAUGUUAACAUUUCACACACUAGGCCUCCUACUGACGUCGAGUCGACGGAUCCUGGGUUCUUGGAGGCUAUAGAGCUCGUUUCGUCGGGCUUUUCUACUGGGAGCUUUGGAUGGAAGGGGAGCAAGCGGCUGACUGUGAAAUUGCCCAAGUUGGAGGGAGAGGAGGAGGGAGAAGCAGUGCAUGUGAUGUUAACAUCCCUGGGUAAUCUCUCACUCGCCAGAAUCAACGCCACUGUCAUUGGCAGCAAAGGUGCCAAGGAGGAGGGUGAGGAAGAUGAGGAGGGUGAGAAAUCUGGAGAAAAGGUGGGAGAGAAAACUGAGGAGAAAGCUGAAGAGAAGGUUGAAGAGAAAGAAUCCGAGGGGGUGGACGAGCCUGUACAAGAGGAAACUGCUCCUCCUGCCGAGGCAACAGAAGAAGAGGCGGCUUCAUAA